AUGUCGCGUCUAGCUUGUGCAAGACUCGACUCACUAGCUUCUCUGCGCAACGCGACCAGAGACCAGCAGCGCACCGCUACGUCGACGCUCUCGCCUAGCCGAUCGAUUUUCUACUUCGCCGGGGACCCCGCAUUGCCUUUUUUAAACGGACCGCUUCACUCAAAGGCUCGUCCGAGAGGCCAAAACCAGGUCAUCGCCACCUCAUCUACCAAUCUGGAUAAGACAAAAGAACAAAAGCUCGACCGCCGUAGGAGCGUCAGAAGCUCCUCGGCAUCAAGUAUGGGUGCCUUCAGCAAGAAGAAGUCCGGUCAGGCGGACACAGAGUCGACUUACACCGGCUCAAGCCAUACGAGAAGCGCGAGCACAAUGUCUCGAUCGUCAAUCUCUGGCUCCUCUGUCAUCUCUGGCUCAUCCUACACUGGCUCGACACACUCACACGGCGGGAUGGCUGGCGAGAAGAGCAUGACUGGCUACACCGGCUCUGAUCGAACGAGUACCAUCUCGAGCGGCUACUAUGGCGAUACUUAUUCUGGACGACAGACUGAGCCGAUACCCAGCGCGCCUGGCGCUAUGAUGACUGGCUUUGAUGGCCCUCCGGGCGAAGUCAAGCAGGAGCGUGGCGUUUUUGCGCCGAAUCCCUCCUUCAUCCGGUUCGUGCGGUUUGUGCUCUACGGCCUGACAUCACUCUCUUGUCUCGUCACUGCGGCACUCGCAAUCUCUGUGGUCAGCUACUACAACCAGAACAACCCGUCCAUCAAGCCAUCCUGGGGUUCAUUGAUCGCUCUCAUUGUCUUUGGCAUCGGCACGCCCGGAUUCUACUUCGGCACCUUCUUGCUCACACCGCGCUUAUUCCGAUAUGGCACCUUCCUCGGCAUCGUCAAUCAAGUCAAGACGGAAUUGCUCAUGCUCUUUGCCAUUGACGUCGUCUGGGUCUCUGGCGCGCUGGCCAUGGCAAAUGACCUCCGUGGCACCGAGAACUGCAUCUGGGAUGGAUACUACCAUUAUCCCAAGCCAUCUGACUUCAAUCACGUCUGCAAGCUCAUCAACAUCACUGUCGCGCUCGGCUAUACCACUUUCGGCCUCGCCACCUUGACUUUCUUCACCGUCCUGUUCUUCGCGGUCUACAUCUUACUGCAUCUUGAUCAGGAAGUCCUCUCCGAACUGACAAACGACAUGGGCGGUCGAGCGUAUCGAGCCCGCACAGCCGCACUCAACGAAGAACGCGAUCGCAUGAACCGCUACCAGGGCCAACCCCAAUCGACAUACUUUGGCGACGAAAAAUCGAUGGGCACAUCCUACGAGAGCGAUACCGAGCGUGGCACUCAGACAGGAUACGACUCCCGGACUGGCUACGAAACUCAGACUGGCUAUGGCACCCAGACCGGCACAGGCUACGAUGAUCGCACGGGCUAUGACUCUCGCACGGGCUAUGAUACCCGCUCGGCACAUUCCGCUCGCAGCAACCAGUCUAUUGACGAAGAUCAGCGCACCGAGACUGGCCGUGACAGUCCAAGGAUAACACACGAAGCCGAGGGCUACUACGGACACCAGGAAUCGCCGUUUGCGCGGUAA